AAAAAAGACAGUCGUGUCGGAAUCGUGCUCGGGUGUCGACGAGGGACGUGCAAGUCUACGAUGUGGACAAUGUAUGCCUAUGGUGCGCGACGAGAUGUGGUGGAAAGGGUGGACGGUGCAGAUUCCCCUGUACGCCGUCAUAUUUCUCCUAGGUAUCAUCGGCAACAUCCUCGUCAUCCUGGUUCUGGUGCGCAACCGAGGCAUGAGGACUGUAACAAACGUGUUUCUACUUAACUUGGCAGUUUCCGACCUCCUUCUCGGUGUGCUGUGCAUGCCUUUCACCCUCAUUGGAUCCAUACUGCAGGACUUCGUCUUCGGCCCUUUUAUGUGCCGGCUCAUCCCCUUCAUGCAAGAUGCCGAAGCAAGAUUGAGAAAUGGAAAGUAAGAAAUACGCAAGUGAUGGAACAGAGCGGAUCUGAGGAUGUCGAACAAAAAUUUCUCGGGAGAUUUUAGGCAUCGGAUGAACUUGGGCGAAGCGCAUUAUAAAAACCUUUACUCUCAAU